AUGGUGCCGCACGAUAAAAAACCUAAUCUUCAAAACCGAAUGUCAUCUGGUAAUCGUGAGGCACCCUCGAACGGUUAUCGGGCUGUGAUUCGACCGUCAAAUCCCGUGAUUAAUGGUGAUGUUUGGCCCACCAGUCUAAACACCAGUGCAAACAGAAGUGGGACAACUAGCAACCGGGGACUGACAACGUAUCGAGCUAGUAGUUCACAAGCGAUUGCUCAAUCAAACAACACACGAUUUCGAGCCGGUUCCAUAGCUACAGAGCGUUUGAGUUCCCCAGAUCGAGGAAGUCCGAUCAUGCGUAUACGAUCCACAGAUUCGUUUCCCAACACGGAUCAGUUUCAAUCCAGAUGGUACGGAACCGUUGGCACACUGGGUUCCCGGGCACAUCGAAUGCCUCCAUGGAAUCAGCCGAUAAAAGCAGACCGAAUGGAAAGAUGGCGAAGAAAAAAGGAUUAUACUAGUCCUUAUGGGUAUGAGGAUUACGGUGGAGGUGGAGCGCUGGGCGAUAAUGGAGUUGGUCUUUUGAGUGGCACUGGUGUGGGGGUGCAAAUGGACAACACUGUCGGAACUGCAGACGACGAUGAUGUGGUAUUUUCCAAUUCAUUGGAAGAAUUGCAGAAAUCCUUAUUUGAUCAGUUGGAAAAAUUGCGCUCUUUGAAUGCGGUGUCUGGGAUGCACCAUCGUGGACAGCUGAACAAACUGGAGGAUGAGUGUAAAGAACGUGAAAUGAAAAUCACCGACAUCAAGGAAUCGGAUUCAGGGCAACCCGUGUCCAAUGGCAAAGAUGUAGCAGACGGACUGCCAACCAGUUCCUACGAGGGCAGUGAGACUCCGACAGAACAAAAAGGACUGAUUGAUGAACAGUGUGAGGCUUUAUACAAUUGCACUCAAUUGUUGACCGAGGCGCACGAAUCUCAGGACGCUGGUGCGAAAUACAUCGUGCGCGAUGUGUUUAAACGUGAGGGCUUGAUUGGCCAGCUGCUGGAACGUUUGGCUGAACCGGUCAGCGGAGACACUGUGAGCACGAAUGGCACAGUCACGAGCAGAUCGUAUGUGAGUACCUCGUCCUCGUAUGUGGCGAAGAAAACCAUGACAACCGAGACCAACAUGGCCGGGGACGGGGUUAAUGAGAACGUGGCCGUGGGCAGUAGNACAACCACAAUUAGCGGGAGCACCAGUAGUAGCAGCAGUAAUACGAGGAUGCUCGAAUCCUCGGCCACAACCACCAAAUCCUCGACUUCUGCAGCAACCGUCCGGGCUAACCAUCACAAAUCGGCUCUUAUCUCUGAGGCUGACAACCAGACCAGUACAGAUCAACCGGAUGGAGAAGCUACGGCCAAAACGGACGAGUCAGAGGAAUUUACCGAUCGACAAUUAGUCAUUCGUUCAGCCCAACUACUCAGUCAGAUUCUUUCCGAUGAGGAUCUAUACAGCCUUCUGUAUACGGAUGCAGAUCAACCUGAGGCGGGAGAUCAGCCGACAGGGGUGCAAAGGACAGAGGUGGCAGGCCACAGGCAACCGGAUCAGGUGGAUGCGACACCUGUCAACCUGUCCACCUUGGAUGAUCCUGAUCCGAACCGGUCAAACAGUCACGUCUCAGAUCGCCUGAGCUCGUUACUGCAGGGUGUCGUUCGUCAGAGUUGGAAACAUAGGCGAGAUGUGGACGUCUAUCGUGCGUACAUGGAAGUGAUUGAGCCUCUGCUGAAACACACGGAAUACAUUUGUCAAAGUGUGGUCGACUGCGGUGUCCUACAACUACUGGUUCACGCCUGUCGUUCGAACGAUGUGCCCACUCUGCGUCAGGCCGCCCUCAGUCUGGCUCACGUGGCCGUGUUCGGUGGCGCGAACAGUCAAAGCGAAAUGAUGCGUCAACACGCAGUCCAAUGGUUGUUCCGUCUCGCUUUCUAUCCGGACGAGGUGGUGCAGUAUUUUGCAUGUCUGGCCAGCGUAGUACUAUCGACUAAUCCAGAGUUGGCGGAUUCAGUCGUGGCCUCGGGGACACUGAAGCUUGUGCUUCCUUUCGUAGAUUCUCAUUCUCCCGUCCUGUUCGCUCGAAAUCAGUUGAUGGCCGCAUUCUCCUGUAACUGUAUACGCAAACACUCACUUUUGGCGCAACCCCAACACCACCCUGAGCAACACUUGGCCAGAUUUAAACAUCCGGGACAGCACCGAUCGAAAUGCGGACGGUUAAAACCUAGAACCUGUGGUCCAUAUUAUGUGGGUGCGGAGAAAUGUUGGUUGGAACGUUUGUNGCCAGCCAUGGACGGCCAACGACUGGAGGCUCGUGCUUUAGCUGUCUUUCAUUUUGUUGUGGAAGCCACACUCAAAUCAGACGCUGGACGUGUUCAGGUGAGCACUGUGAAUUUUGUAGGGAGUGAUGCUGAACUUGAGGAAACUCUAGUUUAUUGUCUGUUUCAUUUUAUAUGCACAACUGUUUGCACCGCGACUAAAGCCGUUAUUAUUUGA